AUGGUUUUGAUGCUGGAAUUGAAGCUUUGUCCAAUGCUGGCAUUAUGGUCAUUAUCGAUCAGCAAGAGCGAUUCUCUGAGGCAUGUGUCCAGGGCAGGAUACUGUUGCCACUGGUCGCAGGAUGAAGGGCUCUGGUAUGUGCCUGGCUACCCAGAGGAAGUCUGGAUAGACAGCCUGGUCAACAUAACCAGAAGGUACAGAGACAAUCCCUACGUGGUAGGCAUUGAUUUGCGCAACGAAGUCCACGACUUGCACUCUAACCCGAAGUGGGGCGGCUUCAUGAUGACGUGGGGGGAUGAGAAUCCGAAGACUGACUGGGCAGCUGCAGCAACCAGAGCUGGUAAUCGCGUUCUUUCAGAGAACAAGGACAUUCUCAUAGUCGUGAUGGCACUGUGCUUUGGUAUGGAGCUGCGGCCAAUGCGUGACCACCCAAUCUCCCUGGAUCUUCCCAACCGUGUGACUUACCAGACACACAACUACAUUGAGUACCAGUUCUGGAACUUGAUCCCGCGGGAUCUGGGCAUCUCAUUCGGCACUCUGAGACUCGGUGCAGUCUUUUCUGGUCUUGUUCUGGGCGGCAUUAUCUACUUUUUGACUAGCAGCUGGAGGAGGUGCGGGGCUCCGCUUCCCCCUAGACAUCUUCUCCUCAUGUCUUUGGGUGCUUGGGCGAUGUUUUUUUGCCUGUUGCUUGCCUUGGUGGCCUUCGUCACCUACAAGGCUGCCUGCAUCUACUGCAAAUGGGGUGCUAGUCAAGACUUUCUACCGUGGGUCUAUUUUUGGCUGAUUGCAUCUCUUUGUAGCUUUGCUCUACUUGCGGUAUCCUGGCACCAGUCUGGUAUGCCCGGUAGUGUGGCGGAUCUGCAAGUAGAAAGGUAUGUGAUGCGAAGCGAAGAUAGCUGUGAUGAGGAGACUGACAUUUGUCGUUCAACCGGACAAGGAAGGACUAUGAUACCAGCUUGGAACAGAGGCUUAAUGAUGAGACUACAAUGCUUUCUACCUUCUGUCGUCUUGCUUGUGAUCUGCGCAAUGACCCUAUUGGCUGGGAUUGCCGCAGAUUCCUAUUGGUUCUACGAGAGGUGGUUGGACAAGCAGUGGGGCUUUGCACUCGAAGAAGGUCAGCCUUUCACAGCGCCGAUUUGGAUGGGCGAAUUUGGCUAUUUGAACCAUGGCAAAUUCUGGCUUAUGUUCAUGCGCUAUUUGUCCUCUAGAGAUGUAGACUUUGCCUACUGGGCCAUAAAUGGCAUCAAGUACGCAGAAGGCUUCAACGCAGCAGAUGGUGUCUACCAUCCUCUGCCGGGUGGACCCAGAUGGGUUGUCGAGCUCUACGGCAUACUGGGGCCGGACUGGCAGACAGUGAAGAAGGAGCUGCAGAAGAUGGGCCCAGGACAUCCCUGGGAACCUGAGAAGCGGUCUGCAGCUUGUCAAGUUCUCAGCAAUGCGUGGCUGCAGAGGCACGCUGACAAGAUCGACGUGCCAGGCUUGCUGGCAAGGAGGGCUUCCAGAAGUUCCACUCGCAGGUUACCGAAAGCGAUUGAGGAGGUAGAGCGUGCGCUGUGGUGGAAGCACCACACCAGAUCCUACGAUGAUUCUCCAACGGAGGAGCCUCCCCCGUAUGAGCCCCCAGAAGGCAGCGAUACCGCGAAUGACGAAGAUGAGGACUUCGUACCCUUUCAAACCUUUACCACCACCAGGCAUACCCGAAAAACAACAACAACCACAACGACGACAACGACGACCACCACUACGACGUCUACCUCAAGAUUUGGUAAAGCAGUGUCCAGCACGCCGUGGCCCACUGCCAGCGAAGGCAACGGUAGCAAUGCUUUUAAUAUUUCCAUCGACACCAGAUUGGCAAUGCCCAACGCUUCGUCUGUGGCAUGGCAAGCCCCGCAAGGCAAUGCCAGCAAUGCCAGCAAUGGCAUCAAUGGCAGCAAUGCUUCUGGGGCAGGCAGUGCCAGCUUUGCGGCACCAAACUCCACUAACUUCACGACUGCGGCCAACCUCAACUAUACAGCCAGCGCAGGCGCAGCGAACAUCACAAGCGUGAUGAACGCCACUGCAAAUGCCACAAACGCUGCGACGGCUGCAGAUGUUGCAAAUGCCACAGCGAAUGCCACAGCAAAUUCCACGACGAAUGGCACAAACGCCACAAAUGCCACGAACGCAACGAAUGCUGCGCCGAACAAGACGUGGGACCCACUACUGCCUUUCGGGGUGCUGCCAAAUACGACCGCCAACGGCGAGAGAGCAGCAAUGAACGUUUCCAACGACACCAGAUUGGCAAUGCCCAACGCUUCGUCUGUGGCAUGGCAAGCCCCGCAAGGCAAUGCCAGCAAUGCCAGCAAUGGCAUCAAUGGCAGCAAUGCUUCUGGGGCAGGCAGUGCCACCUUUGCGGCACCAAACUCCACUAACUUCACGACUGCGGCCAACCUCAACUAUACAGCCAGCGCAGGCGCAGCGAACAUCACAAGCGUGAUGAACGCCACUGCAAAUGCCACAAACGCUGCGACGGCUGCAGAUGUUGCAAAUGCCACAGCGAAUGCCACAGCAAAUUCCACGACGAAUGGCACAAACGCCACAAAUGCCACGAACGCAACGAAUGCUGCGCCGAACAAGACGUGGGACCCACUACUGCCUUUCGGGGUGCUGCCAAAUACGACCGCCAACGGCGAGAGAGCAGCAAUGAACGUUUCCAACGACACCAGAUUGGCAAUGCCCAACGCUUCGUCUGUGGCAUGGCAAGCCCCGCAAGUGCCGGGCAAUGCCAGCAAUGGCAUCAAUGGCAGCAAUGCUUCUGGGGCAGGCAGUGCCACCUUU